AUGGUAGGAGCGGGAAUCGAACCGAUUCGAACGGAUGAAUCCCUCCGUUUGAUGCGAAAUUGUGACAAGGGCCGUAUAGCACGCUGGAACUCCUCAUUAGAUGAAUUUGAUUUACAGAUUAUUUACAGCAAGGGGAAGGAGAAUCAAGUAGCAGUGGUUAGCUGGAGUGGUGCGCUGGGACGUGGUGCUGUAGGACCGGACAGGGGAAAUGGCACCAAGAUCAAAUCUG